AUGAACCAUAUGGAGAAACAGAAUCAUACUGCAGUGACAAAGGUGACUGAAUUUAUUCUCACGGGGAUCACUGACAACCCUGGGCUGCAGGCACCUCUCUUCGGACUCUUCCUCAUCAUAUACUUGGUCACAGUGAUGGGUAAUCUGGCCAUGAUUAUCUUGACUCAUUUGGACUCCAAGCUACAUACCCCCAUGUACUUCUUCCUUAGACAUUUGUCAAUUACUGAUCUUGGUUACUCCACUGUCAUUGGCCCAAAAAUGAUGGUAAACUUUGUGGUGCACAAAAAUACAAUUUCCUACAAUUGGUGUGCCACUCAGCUGGCGUUCUUUGAGAUUUUCAUCAUCACUGAACUGUUUAUUCUAUCAGCGAUGGCCUGUGAUCGCUAUGUAGCCAUCUGCAAACCUCUUCUCUACGUGGUCAUCAUGGCAGAGAAAGUGCGUUGGAGGCUGGUACUUACUCCUUAUCUCUACAGCACAUUUGAAUCAUUGUUUCUCACAAUUAAGUUAUUUAACUUGUCCUUCUGUGGCUCUAACAUCAUCAAUUAUUUUUACUGCGACUGCCUCCCUCUGACAUCCAUGCUCUGUUCCGACACACAUGAAUUAGAAUUGAUCAUUUUGAUCUUCUCAGGCUGUAAUUUGCUCUCUUCCCUCUUGAUUGUCCUUGUGUCUUACAUGUUUAUUCUUGUGGCCAUUCUCAGAAUGAACUCAACUGAGACUAGGCACAAAGCCUUCUCCACCUGUAGCUCCCAUCUGACAGUGGUGGUUGUGUUCUAUGGAACAUUAUUGUUCAUUUACCUGCAACCUAAAUCCAGCCAUACUUUUGAUAUUGAUAAAAUGGCCUCUGUGUUUUACACCCUAGUGAUCCCUAUGCUGAACCCAUUGAUUUACAGCCUAAGGAACAAAGAAGUAAAAGAUGCUCUGAAGAGAACUUUAACUAAACAGUGCAAAAUUCUCAAUUAA